CGCACCCUCAUUCGCUUUACACUGUCACGAGCGUUCAAACUUUCACUGGGCACGAAGGGCCCGCGAUCACUUGUAAUAACUAUAAGUAUUAUAAGUACAAUGUCAGGAGUUUUAUUUUCACUGUAAGUUGUUGUUGUAAUUUACUGUAUCAAAUUAUUAUAGAUAAAAGAAGAUAUUUUAACUGUAUUUCUCUAUCCCAGAGUAUUAUUAAUGUGAGUCAGUGAAGUUAGUUUUUGUAGAGCGAGGUGAGGUUAGCUUAGGAGAGGUGAGGUUAGGUUAGGGUGGGUAUUCUUCAGUGUGAAAUAAUCUUUGGGGGAUGAUUCUUCAAGUUAUCUCAAUUCUUACACAAUACCUAAGUCACAAUCCACACAAUCGAACAAUCACCUCGAUACAUCUUAAACCUGACUUGUCUCUAUGUUUUUAUGAAGCCAAAUCUUGUUUACUCAUCAAAACCAGAUUAUUUGUUUGAACUUGUGGCCAAAGAUAAAGACUAUAUUGAGUGUUGUAUGGCAGAUGGGAAUACAGAUUAUACUUAAUUGUAUUGUAUGACGAUCACAUGAAAAUUAGGCACCCCAGUUAAUUUGACCUAACUUAAUCUAACCUAACCUAGUUAAUUUGACCUAGUGCUUGACCCUCAUAGUAACCUAACCUAACCAUGAAAACAUAUAAUGCAAACUCGUCAUUGUCCAACACAGUUCACGUCUUGGUAACACACACACACACACACACACACACACACACAAAAGAGUCCCCACUGUAUGCUAUCGUUAAAGAGACCUUCAUUAUGCUCUAAAUUUCAUCAUUAAUUAACCAUAAAUAAAAGCUUGAUGACGUCACCAGUCCACCACACUCAGCUUUCACAUAUUAAGUUGAUGACUCACUCUCCCCUCAGCCAUCGUAUGUAGUUCAAGUCUAGAAAAACUGGAUACAUAUAUCAAUAAUUCGCCCCUAAAAUGGUACCAAGGAUGUUUCACAGUUAACAGGUAUAAAUUGGCAUCACUUUUAUACAGCUUAGUUAUCUGAAGCAGUCGACGGGGCUGUGGUCUAUAUUAUGUAGUGUGGGACGACAAAUAACAUGAUCAAUCUCGUUACUACAGGAGAAACUACAUGUCUGAAAUUGUCAUAACUGAGACUUCCUUUUAUUGAAACCCAAAGGAAAGAAUUUUAUAUUCAGAGACAAUUUGGGUCAUAGGAGGAUCAAAUUCGCUUAAAUACAAAUAGAAGUGUCCUUGUUCAUUUUUUAAGCCUCUUGUAUUAUGCAGGAAAUUGUAAAGGGACGUUUAAAUCCUGUUUCUUCAUGGACAUCUGUAGCAAUGAGUGAUCUUGAACCUAAGCUCACAUUUAUAUAUUUAAAUACCCCAGCGCCGCCCUCCACCUCUCAGUCAACAUUCGGACGUUGUCUCGUGAACUAUUUUAAUUAUCUGAAUCUGUAGCAACUCGCUGCCUCAAAGUGAUCAGUUUUUAUCAGAGGUGAAGUGCUGCUGGUUAACACCCAACGCUUACUCUACAGUACAAGUUUCCUAAUGCUGAUGAAGUACUGUUGGUAAAGAUGGAGAUAUAGAAGAAAUCGGGUGUGACUUUAAUUGUAUUUUCGUUUGGAAUUAAACUUAUGGGAGAAAUGGAGACCAAGAGAUAUAUUUUGUUCACCUUGGCCACCAUGGUUGUGGUAGUGAAUGGUUACAAAGUGACUAAACUGUUUCCUAACGUCUGUUACGACAGUCCAGAUCCAGGACCCUGCAGGGCUUUUAUCCCUUCCUACUUCUACAACCCCAAGACAAAUAUCUGUGACUGUUUCGUUUACGGCGGGUGUCAAGGCAACGACAACCGAUUCCCCGACCUAGAGCAGUGCUUGGAAACUUGUGGUGAUGAAUCCUACCAAGAGGUGAUAACAGACAAGUGUGUUUCUCUCUUUAAUGUAGUAAACCCGCAAGAAGAGGAAGACGUGUUGGACCAGUAUGGAUCACAAACCCAUCAGGUUCCUAACCUCUGUUUCGAUCCUCCAGUAACGGGACUCUGCCGUGCCCACUUCCCUCACUUCUACUUCAACAGUGAGACACAAACCUGUGACUGUUUCGUGUACGGUGGGUGUGGCGGUAACAACAACAAGUUCUCCACGCUGGAAGAAUGCCUCACUACUUGUGGUGGUCAACCCAGCCAACAGCACAAUACCGAAAGUUGUGACAAAAUCCUUGGAAGUCAAAACCCACUAGUGAACAGAGAACCGUUGGUUAAUGUCACCUUGUUGCCUGAGACACAACAAACGAUUCAGGAAACACAAGAGCCACAACAACUGACUCAGGAAACACAGGAGCCACAACAACUGACUCAGGAAACACAAGAGCCACAACAAACGAUUCAGGAAACACAAGAGCCACAACAACUGACUCAGGAAACACAACAACUGACUCAGGAAACACAAGAGCCACAACAACUGACUCAGGAAACACAAGAGCCACAACAACUGACUCAGGAAACACAAGAGCCACAACAACUGACUCAGGAAACACAAGAGCCACAACAAACGAUUCAGGAAACACAGCAGAUGUCAGAGCCUCACCAAGAAUCUCAACAGAUGACAGAGCCUCAGCAGAAAACUCAUCAGGUUCCUAACCUCUGUUUCGAUCCUCCAGUAACGGGACUCUGCCGUGCCUACUUCCCUCACUUCUACUUCAACAGUGAGACACAAACCUGUGACUGUUUCGUGUACGGUGGGUGUGGCGGUAACGACAACAAGUUCUCCACGCUGGAAGAAUGCCUCACUACUUGUGGUGGUCAACCCAGCCAACAGCACAAUACCGAAAGUUGUUACAGAAUCCUUGGAAGUCAAAACCCACUCGCUGAUAUCACGUUGUUGUCUCAGAGAGAAACUCAACAACCCCAACAACCAACUGAGGAGGAGACGCAACAGUCGGCAGUCGCGACACAAACGCUGGGAAGGGAAAACAAGGAAGAGGAGUCAACAGGGAGCCACGGGGUAACGAGCCAAAAGUUUGGUUCCUCAGUAAUCCGUGCUGGAUCAAUCUACGUGGGCAAGCCAGUCUCUAUCCCCGGCUUCCUCCCGUGAGCAGACGCUGGCCAACAGACAACAGCCUUCCUUACACUGGCUACGGCUUGAAGUCUUCCUGCCACACCGACACACUCAACACUGUACAGAAAAUAUCAGUAGUAAUGGAUGUAUAAGAGGACUAACUAGGGGUCCACAAUGUUACUGAAUCAUAAAAUACAACAUCCCGCCCUCACAACCUCCCAACUCCUUAUAUCACAACUUUUGGAACAAUAUAAUGCCAAGAGUUACUGUGUUCAUUGUUGUUAUUUACUGUAACCAAUUAUUAUAAAAAAAAACAAAAUAAACACU